AUGUCUCAGGAACAGGAGAAGUCAUGGCUUGGUGAAAUUCAAGAUCUGGAGAGUACACAGGGCAACCAGUCUCUGGAGGAAAUCGAUCCCUCUCCCUCCAUGCCUCCAAUAGCUGAUAACCUGGAAGAGCUUCUUGGUGCUGAAACAUCCAGUAAUACCGAGGGUCCUCAAAAUGAGUGUCCCUCUACCGUUCCUGCCUCAUCAACCUCAUUGAGCAAAUCAGAUGAAAGCUCUAGCAGUGAAGAAGAUGAAGAUUUUCCAAGCACUUCUGAGGUUCUGGCAUACAUUGUGAAUAUGUGCAAAGAUCUUAUAAGAAAAAAGAUAGAUUUCCUGGUGGAUUUCCUGCUGACCAAGUACAAAAAGAAAGAGCUGAUUACAAAGGAAGAAAUGAUGAAUGCUGUCAUGGAAGAGUAUGCAGACUACUUUCCUGAGAUCCUCAUGAGAGCCACUGAACGGCUGGAGAUUAUCUUUGGUCUGGAUCUGAAGGAGGUGGAUCCCGGCAGCAACACUUAUACCCUUCUCAUCAAAUUAGGCCUCACCUAUGAUGGGCUGCUGAGUGAAGUAGAGGGCAUGCCAAAGUCUGGUCUCCUCAUACUGAUCUUGAGUGUGAUCUUCAUGAAGGGCAACAGGGCCACUGAAGAGGAAGUCUGGGAAAUUCUGAGCGUGACAGGUAUAUAUCCUGAGCAGAAGCACUUCAUCUUUGGGGAUCCCAAGGAGCUCAUCACCAAAGACAUGGUGCAAGAAAAAUACCUUCAAUACCAACAGGUGCCCAAUAGUGAUCCCCCACAGUAUGAAUUUCUGUGGGGCCCACGAGCCCUUAUUGAAACAACCAAGAUGAAAGUCCUGGAGUUUGUGGCCAAGGUCCGGGACACUGACCCUAGUUGUUUCCCAUCACAGUAUGAAGAGGCUUGGAAAGAUGAAGCAGAGAGAGCCCAGGCCAGAGCUGCAGCCAUCGCUGUAGGUACCCCCAGGGGCAGGGUGAGGUUGACCAGGAGCUCUUCUUUCCCCUAG